AUGUCCUGCCUCUCUGAGAAGCUGGCGGAGAGGGAAGUGGCUGGUCGGGUCAUCCAGGUCGGCGUGAUUGGGGCUGGGAAGUUUGGAUCCAUGUUCAUAGCCCAAGCACACACCACGCCCGGCAUACACCUCGCCGCCGUCUGCGACCUCGACCUCUCUAUCGCACGGGAAGCCCUCCGCCGCACCAAUUACCCAGCCCACCUGACGGACACGACCGGCACGCUCUCCCUCAGCGACGGCAUCGCCUCUCGCAAGACCAUCCUCACCACCUCCGCCGCCGACAUGAUCGCCCACCCGUCUCUGGACGUAGUUCUCGAAUGCACGGGCAUCCCCUCCGCCGGCGUCGCGCACACGCUGUUGUGCUGCGAGCAUAAGAAGCACAUCGUCAUGAUCAACGUCGAAGCCGACGUGCUAGCUGGCCCGCUUUUGGCGCGGCGCGCCCGUGAAGCUGGCAUCGUUUACUCGAUGGCAUACGGCGAUCAGCCGGCACUGAUAUCGGAACUGGUGGACUGGGCGCGCACCAGCGGCUUUCGGGUUGUCUGCGCUGGUAAGGGCAACAAGUACCUCCCCGAGUACAAUUACAGCACGCCCGAGACGGUGUGGGACCAUUGGGGUUUCAGUGCGGAGCAGCUGGCGAAAGAUAAGUUGAAUAGUCAGAUCUAUAACAGUUUUUUGGAUGGGACCAAGUCGGCGCUGGAGAUGGCGGCGGUGGCGAAUGGGUGUGGGUUAGCGGUAGCGAGGGAGGGGCUGACGUUCAGGCCGUGUGGCUAUCAGGAUUUGGCGGCGUGCUUGAAACCAAGGAGUAGAGGAGGGGGUGGAGAGGAGAUGGCGUACGUGGAGGUGGUGAGCUCGCUGGAGAGGGAUGGCAGGGAUGUGUGGAAUCAUGCGCGGCACGGCGUUUUUGUCGUUAUAGAAGCGACGUCCGAAUAUCAGAAGGAGGCGUUCGCGCAGUAUGGUAUGGAGACUGACAAGACGGGCUGGUUUGCAGCGCAGUACAAGCCCUGGCACCUGAUCGGAUUGGAGGUCGGUGUGUCCAUCGCGAAUAUUAUGUGCAGAGGUGAGCCGACAGGUUCGACCAAGACGUUUGCGGGCGAUGUGGUUGCUACUGCCAAGAAGAACCUAGUGGCCGGUGAGAUGCUCGACGGCGAGGGUGGACAUACCGUCGUCGGCAAACUGAUGCCCGCGGAGGUAUCAUUGGAGAUCGAGGGGCUGCCUAUCGGACUGGCGCACGGCUUGAAGCUGAAGAGGGAUGUCAAGAAAGACCAAGGGCUCAGCUGGGCCGAUGUUGAGUUCUCCGAGGACUCCCAAGUCGUGAAGGUCCGGCGAGAGAUGGAAGCCAUCUUCAGGGAGGAGUUCGCGAAGAAGGCCAAAGGCAUCAAGCCACCGAACGGGGUGCUAGUCGCCAGAGCGGAUGGCAACGUCACAAAUGGUGUUAACGGCCACCAUUGA